AUGACUAUUGCUGCAUAUGCGUAUGAAACAAAUGAAGCAAGAAGAGCACAUGAACUAGUAAACGAAAACUCAACUUUAACCAUUGAAGGCAAUGAUUUAGUCAUUGACGAUGGAAAAACUAAAAAAGUCAUUGAUUUCGAUACUUUUAACACUUAUGACCCAUUCAUUACAACAAGCAAGGUUCCCAUCAUAAAUGAUGGAACGGUGCAAUAUAUAAAUUCUACAGUAGAUGCCUCAAUAGUGAAAGUAUUAAAUGUUCUCAUUGAAUUGUUAAAGAGCUUUCGAUUUGACGACAACAUUAAAUGCCUAAAGAAUUUAGUCAUGAAUGAGAAACAAAUUCUCGGCGUUGCUGGUAGCAGUAAUGAUGUACACCUUAUGACAUUAGAAUAUUAUAACGAACAUAAAGAUGAACUGAAAGGAGAGAAGGGUGACACCGGACCUCAAGGACCACAAGGAAUACAAGGAAUACAAGGAAUACAAGGACCUCAAGGCGAAAACGGUUUGGAUGGUGAAGAUGGAAAGGAUGGAAAAACUGCUAAAUCAUGGAUAUGGAACCUUAUAAAUACUGGUUUAACAGCUGCUUCAUAUGGAGUUCUUCAAUACCAAAUCGGAAAGAUAUGGGCAGUACUUGGUGAAGAAGUUUUAGAUGACGUUAAAAAUGCUUUGAACUUCAUUUCAAAUGGUUCGGAUACUAUUAAAACUUUAUCUGGUUGGAUGCAAGAAACAAGGAGUCAAAUAGAUACUGUAAGACGUAUAGCAAACAAUGCACGUACGGGAUUGGAUACUUUACGAGAAGCACAAAAUACACUAAAGGAAGCAAAUGAUAUUCUUGGCUCAGUAUCAGACAUGCAUGAAGAUUGGCUUAAAGGUAUUGACAAAUCUUUAAAAAAUCACAGUCAGUCUAUUGCUGACUACAAGAAAAGUAUAGAUUUUUUACAUAGUGCUAUGGACGUACAUGAUGGAAGCAUAAGGAACUUACUUAAUGCUAACAAUAACUUACCAGGAACUAUUAAAGCAUUUAUAAAGUCCUUUGUAAAACCCGGUGCUCUAACAUUUAGGUCUUUGAGAGCAAGAGCAUUGAAGUCAAGAGAUGCAGAAACUCCAACAGAAACUCCAGAAGAACCACCAAAACCAACAGCUAAUGAAAUAUUGUUCGAAUAUUUUCCAAGGUACUCUGUUCUCAUUGCAUACAUUCAAGAAAUACUUAAGAAAGCAGACUUGACUUUAGGAGAUGAUGAAAGUUCUGUAUAUCUUUCGUUCCAGUUUCAAAUAGCAGAACUUUUGAGACAGAUAUGCUUAAUGUAUGACAACAUCUCUGAUUUCACAAGAUAUUAUGACGACCAUGACCCCGAACACGGUGAAGAAGAAGUUUUACAAACAUCCAUUAAGACAGGAAAGGUUUUAACUCAAAGUCUCAUUAUUGACACCAAAGAUGGCGAAGUGGACGUUCUUCAAGAGCUGAAGAAAAAUACUUCUUCGGGAGGUGGUGGUAGGCAUGAACUUGAAAUAAAUGAGAUAGAAGAGAAAUUAGCCGAAAAAGCAGAUAAAAACCAUGUUCAUUAUAUAAGUUCAGACGAACAGAUUAUAACGGACUACCAUGGAUAUUUAACACGAACUGAAGAAGAAGUGAAGACAAAAGAUGUUAAUGAAAGAAGAUAUAAAUACAUUCGUGCUAAAGGUUAUGACAUAAGCUGUACUGUACAGUAUGACACGGGUAAAGCACCAGAAGCAUUUAGUUAUAACGAUGAAAUUUAUGCCUCUACUUUCUCUGUUAACGGUGUAUUAGUUGAACCAAGAUUUACAUUGAGAGUUAAGACAAAAAUAACCGUUGAAGAUGCUAUUAAAAGUAAAGCUGACAAAGAUGAACUCGAAGCAAUGAACAAAGUUUUGAAAUCUCAUAAACACAACAUCUCCGAUAUAAAUGAACUUCAAGCUACAUUAGACAGUAAAGCCGACAAGAACCAUACACAUAAAUCCUUCACUACUGUUAGAGCAGACGACAUAAUAUUGAACUAUACCCUUGGUUCAAGUGCACCUUUAGAGAAUCCAAGUACAAGCGUAAAAGAUACACUAAACUCCUUAAAUAACAAAUGUAUGAACAUUGAAGGUCAUGCCAGAAACUUUGAAACACAUGAACUACCAGCAAUGUUAGACAAAAAAGCAGACAAAACAGAGCUUCAAACAUUAAAGACAGAAAUACUUCAAACAUUAUAUCCUAUAGACUCUAUUUAUACGUCAAUGAACUCAACAAAUCCAGCAAGUGUUUUAGGUUUUGGUACGUGGAAGCAGAUUGUAGACAAAUUCUUAUACUGUGCUAGAUAUUCAAAGCAAACAGGAGGUUCGAAGAAAAUUAAAGAAGCAAACCUUCCACCACACACUCAUACAGGAACUACAAACACAACAGGUAAUCAUUCACAUUCAAUAACAAAAAGAGGUUAUACAAAUCUUGCAGCAGGUUCGGAUAGACAGGGAAUGAAUAGAUAUGAUAUCUCAGAUGACCCAGUAGAUUCAAGCGCAGGUAUUUUCUGUGGAACCACAGGAAAUCAUUCACACACUUUCACAACAAAUCCAACAGGCUCGGGUGCAGAUUAUAUGCCACCAUUUGUGACUGUAUUUGCAUGGUACCGCGUUCAAUGA